AUGGUUGGGUUCUUGUCCAAUAUUCUGGGGAAUGAUCUGAAAUGUGAAAGCUACUUUAUUUUUAGUGGAGAAACUGAUCUUGGGAAUAAUGUUAGGACAUUUUUGUAUUUUAUUGCUCUUGCUUAUUGUUUUAUUGGAUUAUCGGCUAUAACGGCCCGAUUCUUUCAAUCUAUGGAAAACGUGGUAAAACACACAAGGAAGGUUGUGGUGAUAGAUCCUGUUACGAAAGCUGAAAUUGUUACGCAUGAAAAAGUUUGGAAUUAUACGAUUGCAGAUAUUAGCUUGUUGGCGUUUGGAACCAGCUUUCCUCAGAUUUCGUUAGCUACUAUUGAUGCUAUACAGAAUCUAGGGAACUUGUAUGCUGGAGGUUUGGGACCUGGAACACUCGUUGGUUCUGCUGCAUUUGACCUCUUCCCCAUCCACGCUGUUUGUGUGGUAAUUCCAAAAGCAGGAGAAUUGAAAAAGAUUGCUGAUCUAGGAGUAUGGAUAGUGGAGUUAUUUUGGUCAUUUUGGGCUUACUUUUGGUUAUACAUAAUUUUGGAGGUAUGGACUCCAAACGUGAUAACUCUGUGGGAGGCCUUGUUGACAGUACUUCAGUAUGGAUUACUGUUGAUUCAUGCUUAUGCUCAAGAUAAACGUUGGCCCUAUAUUUCUCUACCUAUUGCAAGAGAUGAAAGGCCAGUGGAUUGGGUGCCAGAAGAAACUCCUAAACAAAAGUCCCAAGAGAUAGUGGAGUGCUCUGAGAUAUUUAAUUUUAUUGAAGAAAAUAGGGACACUGUUGAUAUUUUUUCCAUUCAUUCAGAAAACCCCAGAGAUGGGUCUUACAUAAGAGUGCCACAAAUAGAGGAUGCAGAAAAUUCUAACAAAGUUAUGGAAACAGAGCUGGAGGAUACCGGUUUGCUUACUAUAUGGAGACAGCAAUUUGUUGAUGCCCUGACGGUGGAGAGCCAAGAAUCUAAAAAGAUGAACAAUAUCUAUAUCCGCAUAGCUAAAAUAUUCUGGCAGUUGUUGCUUUUGCCAUGGAGAUUUAUGUUUGCUUUUGUUCCCCCGUGCCAUAUUGCUCACGGAUGGAUUUCUUUCAUCUGCUCUCUGCUUUUCAUCAGUGGGAUAGCAUAUAUUGUGACAAAGAUAACAGAUCUUAUAAGUUGUGUCACAGGAAUAAAUGCUUACGUCAUAGCAUUUACAGCACUAGCCAGUGGAACCUCAUGGCCUGAUUUAGUGGCGAGCAAAAUUGCUGCUGAACGUCAAAAAACAGCAGAUUCCGCAAUUGCAAACAUCACUUGCAGCAAUUCAGUAAAUAUAUACGUUGGCAUUGGUGUUCCAUGGCUUAUAGAUACUUUGUACAACUACAUAGCAUAUAGAGAACCUCUCCGAAUCCAGAAUGCGGGGGGACUUAGUUUUUCAUUGAUUGUGUUUUUCGCCACUUCUGUUGGAUGUAUCUCAGUUUUGGUUGCUAGGCGUAUAGCUUUUGGUGCAGAGCUUGGAGGACCAAGGCUUUGGGCAUGGAUUACAUGUGCAUUUUUCAUGCUGCUGUGGUUGAUUUUUGUUGUACUAUCUUCACUUAAGGUUUCCGGAUUCUUUUAG